UUCAGCUCCAGAAGCAGGUAUUAUUUUCCAAGAUUUUUUCAAUAUAUAAUUGCCCACUGCCCUCCUUAUUUAUUUACGCUGUUGAUGACAACCAGAACCAAAUCUCUCACAAGAAGCUAACAAUGGAUUCAUCUCUGACCUCCAUUCCUGCACCAAAGAAGCUUCAGAUCGCCAUGUUUCCAUGGCUAGCUUUUGGUCACAUGAUCCCCUUUUUAGAAGUUGCCAAGCUCAUGGCUCAAAAGGGUCACCAUGUCUACUUCAUUUCCACCCCAAGAAACAUCGAUCGUCUUCCAAAACUCCCUUCACAUCUUCUCCCUUUCAUAACCUUCGUCAAGCUCCCCUUUCCCGCCGACCAAAACCUACCGGAAAACGCAGAGGCAACCAGUGAUAUCCCACUUGACAAAAUGCCUUAUCUCAAGAAAGCCCACGACGAACUUCAACAACCUCUAAGUGACUUCCUUGAAUCUAAUUCUUCUCUAGAUUGGAUAAUCUACGACUUUGCUCCCUUCUGGUUGCCUCCCAUGGCGGCUAAAAAGGGGAUCCGACGAGUCUUCCUUAGCAUCUUCAAUGCAUGGUCGCUCUGUUUAUUUGGGUCAACAGCUGAAGACAUGGUCAACGGGUACGACCCACGGAGUGAGCCUGAGCAUUUCACUGUUACUCCCCAAUGGGUCACUUUUCCGACGAAGCUAGCCUUUCCUCUUUACGACGCCAAGAGGUAUAUUUCUUCUGCUAAUCAGCCAAACGUUUCAGGAGUUUCAGAUUUGUAUCGUUGCGGCUCAGUGAUCCAGGGAAGUGAUCUUUUGGCGAUAAGAAGUUGCAUGGAGCUUGAACCCGAGUGGUUGAACCUGUAUGGCGAUCUUCACAGGAAACAGGUGGUUCCACUGGGAUUGUUGCCGCCUUCGGUUGAAGUUCAGGCUGAGAAAGAUGAAUCAUGGAUUGAAAUCAAUAAGUGGCUGGAUGAGCAGGGAAAAGAAUCAGUUGUUUACGUAGCACUCGGAAGUGAGUUGACUCUAAGUCAACAAGAACUCACUGAGUUGGCCCUUGGGUUAGAGUUAUCCGGGCUGCCAUUCUUCUGGGCAUUAAGGAUAAGGAAAGGACUCGACGCUGCAGGGUCUGAACAGCCAUCGUUGAAGCUACCAGAUGGGUUUGAAGAUCGAGUCAAGGGUCGAGGGAUUGUUUGGACGAGAUGGGCACCUCAACUCAGGAUACUAAAUCACGAGUCGGUUGGAGGAUUCUUGACUCACUGUGGAUGGAGUUCAGUUAUAGAGGGGCUCCUGUUUGGAUGUCCAUUGGUGAUGUUACCUUUCAUGUUGGAUCAAGGAUUGAACGCGAGAGUCAUGGGGGAGAGAAACGUAGGCGUAGUAGUUCCAAGAAAAGAUGAUGAAGAUGGAUUGUUCACGAGGGAUGAUGUUGCGGAUUCUAUAAGACUGGUUAUGGCAGAUGAGCAGAGAGAGGGAAAGAUUAGUUACAGGGAGGAGGCGAGGAAGAUGGGCAAGUUAUUUGGGGAUAGAAAGCUGCAUCAAAAAUACAUGGACGAUUUUAUGAAACAACUUUUGGUUAAUUAAUUAAGGGUAAUUGUGUGCUUAAUGAUUAAUAAUCAUUCAUUUAAAGAAAAUAAGAGAGAGAGAGGUUGAAGAAAAUAAAGCACCAUAAAAAGUUGGAACCUAUUUAAGAACACACCAUGUGUUAGCCAAUGUAAGAUUUAGAUCAUGGGAUUAUGUAUAUUCUCGUUAUUAUUAAUUAAUAAUUGUUAACUAAUUAAUAUAGAAUGUAA